AUGGUGUCUCGCAAGAGACAUGCACCCCAUCCUCAGGGGGCAAGCUGCGCUGCGGGUGCGACGGAUGAAGAGAUCCGCGCCGCCGCUGGUGCUGGGGCAGCUCUUCUUCCUCUAGUUCGUGCACUGCUCGAAAAUGUCUCAGAGCAACUCCGGACAGAGCGCCUGAGAGAAAGUAACCCAGCGGCCAGGCUGCAGCAACGCAGUGGCUAUGGUGACUCUUCUCCAGAUGGCAAGGUGGACAGUCGGCGGGUUUCGGAGGGGGACCACGGUUCAGCUGCAGACUUGCCGUGCAAGCGACAGAAGGCAUCUGCAUCGGCGCCAGCCACCCAAGGAGGUGAAUGCGAGCCGCCACUGGUCUUGAGCGAUGACAGGGACAGCGGACGGCAGACCUCUCCGGAGAUCUCCAGGAGCCGCCCUUCGUUAGCCGAAGCUUCAUCUGUGGCGCAUGAACCCGAGUCAGUCUCCAAUCGAGGAGGGUCCUGCUUUACCAGCGUGCCGAGACGUGUCCAACGUCACGCUUACCGUCGGUGCAUGCGGCUCGAGAACCUAUUGAAGCAUCUCGAGUCGCUUGCAUCCUCUCCUCCGCAGGGGCGCGAAGACCCUGCAACCCGCUCUUCGCUGUCUUCGUUAUCAAUUCCUCAAAUCGGACAGGAGUUCCUUAUCUGUUUGAGUGAACUUCUGCUCAGUCCCGUAACAGCUGAGGUGGCGGCGCGCUACUGCCCGCAGCUGUCCACGGUUGUCGCUGCCUCGCUCCUGUUGCCCCCCACUGUCAGGUCUGAGCAAGGAGACGAUGCUGGACUUUUUUCGUUUCCGCUGGCCCCAACGAAUGCAGCUCCAGCCGAGAAUUCGAAAAGCGUGCGACCCCAGAAACGUUGCCGGGUCUCAGGGGACGGCUCGAAUCAAUGCUCAUCUGGCGUCACACUGACUCGCGGAGAGUCCAGCAACUCUUGUGAUAGAGAUGGAGGAGCCAACGGGGACUCGAGAACCGAAGCCGUGCGUUUUCCUUCUUUGGAUGGCGAGGAGAGGUUGCAAGACUCGCGCCAAGCUUAUCGCCUUAUCCUAGCGGCUCGCCUGCUGUCAGACCGGCUUCUCUGCACCGUGGCAUCCGACUUUCUAGAACGAACACUGUUGGUCCAGUUUGACCGGCCGGCGGACCAAGACGCUUCCGCUGGACAUGAAGCAGGCGCCUCCACGGGGCCAGCAGAGAAGCUCCCAGUUGCUUGCUCGACGUCACAUACCAUCAGCAAUCCGGAAAAAGCAAUCAGGAUCCUGCUGCGUGCAUGCGGCUCGUUCGGACCGGACCGGCGCGACAGCGCCAUACAAGACGCGGGUAGAGCCGCAGAGUCGGCGCCAGCACGGAGUCGCGCUCUAGAUACCUCAGGCGCUUCUUCACGCAUGGAUGCUCUCUCGACCGAAGAGGAGCAUUUUUGGGCCAGACAGUGUCUCGUUGCAGUUCGACGCCUCCUUUUGGUGAGCGGCGCUCGAAGCCAGCGUUGCACUCCAGGGUCGAGUAUUGGAACGGAGGCCACGAGCCAAGGAACUGCUCUGGGCAAUCGUGAACAGGAAGUCGCCGCCACUAAUGUGAGGACACAACUGCAUCUGUCGCCUCUUCUGCUUCACAUAUGCCGGGUGCUGCUUCGUUCCUGCGACCCGCUACUCGCAUUUCUGGCAUCGCGGUGUCUGCUGGCGCUUCUCAAAGUUAAGGACACGGGGAACGUGCCCACCUGCAGCUCUGGGCUCCCACGCAGAUCAGAAGCACGCAAGAAGGAUAUAUCUUCUGUGGCGUCCAGUGAUGCCCCCAUCUUGAAGACGGAGGGUGGUUGCCGCCAGUCGAUCAGUAACGGCCAUGCCAGUGACGCCUCGUGCGAGGUUCACCAGGCCGUGGCCUGUGGACGAGCGCACGCUGAGUUUUUCCGGGAGGCGGAGCUGUUUUUUGGAACUGGUGGCGUCUUCCCUCCGAGUUCUACUGAACCGUCAACUGCACUGUUUGGUUGCGUUUUCUCCCCCUUGGUUUUCCUGUCCUCCUCUCUGGAGAGACACGCGCUUGCGCACUUCCCCGCCCUUCGACGGGUGGCUGCUCUGGCCGCGGCAGGCUUCGGCCGCGUGGCUGGGUUAGGCUCCGCGUUAGAGGAUACUUUCGCAUCGUCUGCCUCGUCCGCGUCGCCCCUGCCUGGCAGGGGGGACCUGACGAAGCCCCUUCCGGUGCAAGACGCGCUGGCUAACAAGCCACUCAUUUGUUCGCCGGCUACCGCCUUCCUGCCCCUUGUGCGAACACGCACGGCUCGACUACUUGUCGACAGGUUGCGUUGCUGCUGCGUGACCGGGCAUGACGUCCGAGGGCGUGCGCGGCCUGCCAUUCUCCUUCACGGCCCGCCUGGAUCGGGCAAAACCGGCCUUAUCCGUUGGGUGGCGCGUGCGCUUGGGCAGACACAGCCGCCUAUUUCCUUCUUCCUAGACGAUCAAACGGAUGCAAAAACCCUCAUCGGUUCCUGGGUAUGCAGCCGGGAUGGAGGGAGUCUGUUCACGUGGCAGGAUGGCUUGCUCACUCGCUGCGUGGCUGAGGGACGUUGGUGCAUCUUCCAGCAAGUCCAGCGGCUCCCUACGAAUGUGCUAGCGCUGUCGGCAACUUUGGCGACAGAAGGACGCUUGGUGAUCAAUGAACAGCAUCGUGUUGUUCAGGCGCACCCCAGCUUUACUCUCUUCGCCACCAUAACGCCGCAGGAAGUGACAGGAGGCGGGGCGCAUUCAGCGUUUCUCCGCGCGCUGCGCUCGCGCCGUGCCCUCUCUACUGAGGUUGCUGCCGGCAGUGACACAGACAGCGUUGGGCCCGUGCAAAGCUGUGCUGCAUUUGGGCAGAAAGGCGAUUCCCGUAUUCGGGUUCCGACCGCUUCUGGCACAGCUUCGGACGGCCCUCCGGCAGGCGAUUGCACGAGCGACGUGGAGGCGAUGCUGCGGCUUUUCCGGUCGGCGUCGGAGACCCCUCCUUUGUUGAGGUCCUGGAUUACCUUAUACGUCCCGCAUCCUUCGCGUACCGACAUUCUUCGCAUCAUCGAAGAAUCGUUUUCAGCAGUAAAGCCCAUUGCCGCGCGUACCAUUGCAGCUGUUCAAGCAGCAUGCUGCGGCUCUACGGAUGCCGCACUGGCCACGGUCGCGUCACAAGAUGCCUGCGACAUUGCGGCUGAACGCCAAAAAGCUAGCGAGUUUUACCGCGCAUCAGGAGGGCGGCUGCCACAGCUAAGAGACUUGCUCAAGCUCACUCGCCGGCUGGAAAACGAGGCAAAAGCCAUCGCAUCGCCGGCUAGUGCUGCGUUCUCUGGACCACAUCUGUCAGAGGCGGUGCGAGUACGGGUGCUUCGGGCAGCAGUUGCCACCCUUUUCUCAUGCAUAGGAAACGCACAGGAUCGCCUCGAGGCGGCUGCACGUUUCGGCGCUGUCUGGGACAUAGACAGGCGCCUCGUCGCGUACAUGCUGGAUGAGGAGAUUCCAGCGGUUCAGACGACGCGAGACCACCUCAUUGUUGGGCCUUACACCUUGACUCGUCUCACUGCAUCGACACCGACUAAGCAAUCGUAUCUGCAGAUUGGUGAUCAGGGAUCCGAAAAUUUUCAGUCGUCACUACCGAGCCCCACAAAGAGACCAACAGAGACCGACUCGUCACCAGCAAAAGGUUGCGGGAGCAAGGCUCUCAUCGCGGCGUCGCAUGGAAACUUUUUCAAAGCUGGGCUCAGCAAGUCUGUCUUCUCCCCGACAUCGUUGCAGCUUCGCGUGCUCCAACACAUCGUCGGUGCUUUGGCACACGGCGAGCCGCUCCUGCUAGUGGGAGACACCGGAUGUGGAAAAACUGCUCUGGUUUCCCAUGUUGGUUCCCUCACCGGCGCUGAAGUUGUUGUUUACAACUUCAGCGAGCAGAGUGAGGCAGCAGAUCUUAUUGGGUCCUGGAGACCGGAAGAAGAUCCGGCGAAGCACAUCAAAGAGGUCUGGCAGGAGUGCAUGUACCUUUUGCAGACUUAUGGGGGGCCCCGACUGUGGGCAGCGGAUCCCGAUCGUGACGCCGGGAGCACAACUACGUCAAGGACUGUGGGAGAAGACGCUGGCAUAGAAAAGCGGAAAAAGAAACGCACCGUGCGGCAGCAUGAUGCUGAACCACACAGUGCCGGCAACACCAAAAAGGAGGAGACGCAGAACCUGGAGUUGUCGCAUCUACUCAUUAACGGCCAGAAACUCCUGCAACGGAGGACGUUCAUUGCGGUCCUGGAAUUGUCACUGGCUGUCGCAAGGGCUGCGAAAGAUUCCGUCGAUUCUGGCGGAUCAACACUUGUUGGUCCGGCGGCAUUCGGAUUGAGAAAUGAGCCGCAAAAAGGGAGCAGUCUACAGCAGAGCGGACAGGAUGCUGACAAGAGAGAAGCGCGAAACACCAUAGAGACCCUGACGGCCCGUACGGCCCUCGACGGCAAUGCUGGCAAACAGAACAUCGCGGCUAUGCUGUCGAUUCGGUGGCAGAGGUUGGCGAAUAGGUGCGAGCAGUUGCUUCGAGAUCCUCGAGUCGUGGAGGAAAGUGCGCCGGCACCACGAUCACUCUCGUCCUACCUUCUCACACUGGGGCUCGGAGCGGGCACUCCAUUAUCAACCGACACCUCAGGCUCUUCGCGCACUGCAAAGCAUGCUUCGGGGGGAAGUAGCACAGCCGGUGUGAGGCCCCCUAUUAGAUUUGUUCUACGCGAAGGCCUACUGGUGGAUGCUAUCCGUACAGGCAAAUGGCUUCUCCUAGAUGAAAUAAACCUGGCACCAGCUGACGUGUUGCAGCGCCUUGUUGGGAUUCUUGACGAUCCCACAGAACCCUUUCUGGUCCUCGAAGACAGUAGCCGCGCGCCAGUCCAGCGACAUCCAAACUUCCGACUGUUCGCGUGUAUGAAUCCACCGCGCCUAGCCAGCAUGUCGAGCGCCGCUGGGACGUCUCCCGCGUUGCUGAAGAGACGCCAGGAUGCACUGAAGAGUGACGAACGAGUUGCAGAGGGACCGACUAGCGCGGCCACGGGAAAGAAGGAGCUUCCAUCGGAUUUCCGCCACCGGUUCACUGAGCUCUACGUCGACGAGCUCACCUUGCUCGAGGAUGUCGUGACAGUGAUCGACAGCUACCUGGUUCCUCUGGCACCUCACCCGCCAUCACGUUCACUUGCAAAGGUCUACUUGCAACUCCGAAAGCUUGCAUCCGAGUACCAGAUCUUGGAUGGAUCUGGGCGACCUCCGUCGUUUUCGAUCAGGACGCUUGUUCGCGCACUGAAACAUUGCGUCGCCUGCGUACGCAGGCCCACGUCGCCGUCUCCGCUUCAUGCGGCGCUGGGAGACGGCGUGCUUUCUGCAUUCGCCACUCCGCUAUCAACCAGUAGCGUGAAGGCAGUGGAGUCUCUGUUGCAGUCGAUAUUGGGGGUCAGCGAGCCGCGUCCGGCGAAGUGCAAAGAAAGUGACGCGGCUUCCGCGGGCCAGGCAGACGUGACACUAGUCAUGUCCAGUGACGGUAGUCAGGUUGAGUACGUGAAGGUGGAGGGCUACCUUAUCAAAGCCGGCCCGCUGCCCAUCGACGUAAACGACGCUCACAAGCAUUUUGUCGUCACCCCGUCAGUACGAGCUCAGCUCCGGACGUUGGCGCGCCAUCUCUCCGGCAGCCGGUCCGCCCUCCUUCUGGAAGGGCCGACCUCAGCUGGGAAAACCACCGUGGUGGGCUUCCUGGCGAAGCUAACAGGACACGCGUUCUUGCGCAUCAAUAAUCAUGAACACACAGAUGUCCAAGAGUACACGGGCCAAUAUGUUUGUGGCGAAAAAGGCAACAUCAUCUUUGAGGAAGGCCCGUUGGUGAAGGCGGCUAGGGAAGGCUCCUGGGUAGUCAUUGAUGAACUCAAUCUCGCUCCAAGCGAGGUUCUUGAAGGUCUGAACCGUUUGCUGGACGACAACAGAGAGCUGUUCAUACCCGAGACAAAUACUACGGUGAAGGCGCACAGCGAUUUCCAGUUGUUUGCAACACAGAAUCCGUCGUGCUUGGGACAGUAUGGAGGCCGCAAGAAUUUAUCCAGGGCGUUCCGGAACCGCUUUGUGGAAGUCUUCUUUGCGGACUUUCCCGCGAACGAUCUCCUCAUCAUGCUUCAGCAUCGGUGCAGAUUGCCUCUAUCGCGGGCGCAGGCAAUGCUGCGAACGUAUACCGAACUUUCAACAAAGCGCUCUCGCAGCUCGAUUUUCUCCGGAUCCCACAGCUUCAUGACAAUCCGCGAUCUUCUUCGCUGGGGCCGCCGAGUGGGGAACUCUCCGUUCACCACGGGUACUUGCUCCGGUUCGGACAAGGAUAAAACGCGUUCAACUGAGAGUGCGUUGGAAGACAAUUCUGGCGAGAACGCAAAUGCACAGGUAUCAGGUACCUCAAAGGAGGGAGGGGCGAUGGCGUUGGGGGCCAGCACAGCUCCACUUCCUUCGUCUCUAGAGGAAGUCGCUUUGGAAGGAUGGAUGCUAAUUGGUGAGAGGCUGCGCAAUGCAGAUGAGCGGGAAGUGGUGCGGGAAGCGAUCGAGCGCCACUGUCUUCGGUCUACAACUCGCCACCCGAAGCGCCUUCACAUUGACUACACAACAGACCCCUACGUGUGCCGCUUCCGAACGAAGCUGGAGAACAAGAUCUUCGAUGCGAUGUCAGCUCCGGCCGAGCACUCGGGCACUGCGGUCUGCCCUGGUCGAACCGGGACAACUCCGCUCCAGAACCCGGAAGAGUGCAAGGUGUCGCGGUGCCAAGCGGCACCCGAUACGACCAACCGCACCCGAGGGAGGCGACUGCCUGCGUGCCUACCGUACGUCUUUACUGAAAGCUCCUGCCGGCUGCUGGCUUUAUUGCUCCGGUGCGUAUCAUUCGAUGAACCCGCACUCAUCGUCGGCGAGACAGGCGGAGGCAAGACUGCGACUUGUGAGCUGGUGGCGUGGGUUGAGGGUCACCGUGCAGGAACCACUGAGGCCGCUGACGCAGGAAGCUGCAAGGAGGACACGAGCAACGACACCAACUUGAUGAGCAUGUUCAAUUGCUACCUGCAAAUGGAGGCGGCUGACUUGCUGGGGAGCAUGAAGCCAACGAGCAGAGAGAAACGCCGACGGGCCGAGGAGGAGGAGAAACGGUGGAGGAAGGCGCUUGAGUCUCUGCUAACAUUCAGCUACGAGGACUGCACAGCAACGCAUUUGCCGAACGACCUUUCUUCUCAGCUGCAACAGUUGAGGCUCCCGGCGGCAUUCAAGGCAUCCGUUUCUACGCUGGCGGCUGACACGCUGAAGUUCUUGGGUGGAUCUGCAAAGGCGGUGGCCGCAGCGGUUAGCGCGGCCGGAGGGGACCAGGGCAGAUGUGCAGAAAUGAUCUGCCGGGCAGUUAAGGCGGCUGCGAGGAAGGCACUCGCAACCCGAAUGGGCGCAACAAAGGAUGACUCUAACCGCGCGUCGCUGCCUCCACGUGACCCGGCUGCGUAUUGCAAGAACUCGGACCGAUCUGGUACCGCCACUGUCAACAGCUGCGGUGAAGAGCGGGAGGGCGUUCGACCGCAGGGAGGUUCUCCGCUGAACAACGGCGACUCAGAGAGAGCUGGCAGCGCCACAGCGAACAAGAAACGCCGAAAAGGCAAGCAGGCGAGAGAGAAGAGUGAAAGCUACGAUGCCACGAGUGAGAACAAGAAAGAACACUCGAAUGCGCUGCAGGCCUGCUCGUUGUCGGUCAAACGCGCCAGUACUGAAACACAUUCUGGCACAACGUUGGGUGGGCGCGAUUGCGUAGAUGGACAUGACCAAAGAGAGCAAGCUGCUGUUGCUGCUGAGAGGGAUGCGGACUGCCGUCCUUACUUAAUCGUCGUGUCGGAGGCUUGCAUGAAGUGGCUUCAGGCAGUGCGAAGUGCGCAGCAACUUUUCGAGUGGGAAGAUGGCCCGGUAGUGACAGCGAUGAAGAGAGGCCAAAUGUUUCUUCUGGACGAAAUAUCCCUCGCGCAGGAUGCCGUGUUGGAGAGGCUGAACUGCCUUUUGGAGGACUCUCGAGAAAUUGUGCUCAGCGAGAAAGGCGGAGCUGCAGAGGUUAUCAAGGCUGCCUCAGGAUUCAGGUUCUUUGCUACUAUGAAUCCUGGGGGAGACUUCGGCAAACGAGAGCUGUCCCCAGCGCUUCGAAAUCGAAUGACAGAAAUUUAUGUUCCAUCCUUCGAUUUUGCAUCCAGCGACGCGAUUGCUCUAGUGCAGCGCCGUCUGAUGUCGACCGCCUGCGAAGUGGUGCUCCAGGAUUUGGCCCGAUUCCAGCUGCCAUCGGCUACAGCGGGAGAGGGAUCCUGUUUCGAUAAAGUCACUCGAAAGCAGCCAGGCGGGAAUGUGGAGCCGUCGCCGACUACCAAAGUCGACAGGAAUGACCCAACAAGCUCAACGGCGGCAGCGGCCUUUACCUAUUCUAGUCGUACAAAACAUCUUUUGACGGCCGUGUCUUCCGCGAUAUUGAAGGCGCUUUCGUGGUUCAAUCGCCAUGCACAGCGGGGUGCUUCAGUGCGUGAUAUUUUGAGCUGGGUGUCGUUCCUUGAUGCCUUCGUCAGUCAACAGACCACGCUCAUCCGCUCUUUGCAAAAUGGGAGCGCGAACGACAUGCCUCCAAAAAAAGACGUAAAUGGUAGCGACGAUGCCGAGCGCGUGCUUACGGUAGCUUCGGCGUGGACAGUGAUUGAGGGAUUCGUUCAUGGGGGCUGCACGACUUUGCUAGAUGGCCUUGGAGUUGGUAACGAGGUACGUGUUAGCAGGGAGGAAGUUAUCGAAUUGGAGGCGGCAUUGCUGCAUGAAGAAAACUCGUCAGGCGAAGGAGAGGAGCCUUGCAGUGCCGCGGAGAGAGAUCGGCGCCUUCGGCGGAUGGCUGAAAAACGCGUUGCCGGCCGGGAUAGUCAACAACUCGCACACCGGGCCAUUCUCUUGGUGCUCUUGACCGAGGCAUUGAACCUUAGAACUCUGCUGCAGGUGGAUGAGGAUGAACGAGCGGCGAUGCCGGCGGUGCGGAAGGAGAAAACAAAGGCAGCCGCGGGGACCAAGUUGCACAGAGGUGCUACAGAGCUGCAGACAUCUAUAGCGGAGCUCUGUCGCAGAGGUACAUUCACGCUCUCGUGGAGGCAAGUCGUAGACGCGUUCGGCGAAGACGGCUUGGAGUGGGCGAGACGGGCACUGCAGGAGAUGGCUGGAGGCAAGUCCGACGGAUCGGUUCCGCAGGUUCUGGUUGAUAAGGGGUAUUCCAGCGGCUUGUGGGUUGGACCAUUCAGGCUUCCAAUGAAACAAUGCCAGAGAGGACAGCCACUGUUCAGCGAUGUGCACGACGGUGAGGAAGCACCAGAGAGACGCCCAGAUCACCAACAAUCCGGAUUGCAACACGAAUCCACCACGAGCGUGCCGCGGCGAGAGUCGAGUGCCGACGCCGCAGAGCGCGCAGGUUUCGUCAUCCGAUCUCCCACAACGAUUGUAACAGUCGGCAGACUCUUGAGAUGUCUGCUGCUGGUGCAAGGCGAAGUUCUGCGUGAAACAAAAGUCGACGAUGAACAUGCAGUGAACAAUAUAAGCGCACAACCCCGGUUCCCGAAGCCGUGCGCAGCUGGACGACAUGCAGUUUUACUCGAAGGGCCGCCAGGCGCUGGGAAAACGUUUGCGCUUGGGAUGCUGGCAGCACUGUCUGGACGACGGCUCGUCCGCUUAAACAUGAGCGAGGAUUCCGAGUUGAGCGAUUUAAUCGGCAUGUUUGUACCAGCGGGCGCCGCGGACGAAGAGGAACAAGAGACCCUACGACGGCCGAGCGACAGUGAUAAUCAGUCGCGGGCUAAGGCGGACAACGCAUACGACCUUUCAAAAAUGCAAGACAACGAGGCCGUGCCGGAGAGCCCCCAAACGGGCAAAUCUUCAAGGUUUCGGUGGGUUGAUGGUGUGUUGACGCGGGCGGUGCGCGACGGGGACUGGAUUUUGCUGGAUGAGAUCAAUCUGGCGAGCCAGGCAACUCUGGAAGGCCUGAAUUCUCUCCUGGACCAUCGGCGCUGCCUGUUCCUGCCCAACACACCUGUCCCGCUUAUUGCGCCCCCAUCGUUUUGUAUGUUUGCGACUCAAAACCCGGCAGCGGCACGAAUGGAGGUUACGAAGGCGCCCCGUGUGGAGUCCUCAGGAUCCAGCAGCGACAAAAGCGAUAUGGCGUCGGGAGUGGUAAACCAGCAGAAGUGUGAGGAAGAUGCCGAGUAUCGAGCUGCUCCUCAGACAAGGGGAGUAAGCGGUCGAAAAGGCUUGCCCCAGUCUUUUCUGAAUCGGUUUUACAAGCUGGCUGUGAAUGACCUGGGACCAAGCGAUCUCAGGGCCAUAGCCUCCAACAUCCUUAACGCCCGCCAGGCUAGUCAGACGGAGCUACUAAAACCAUUGUCCGGCCGCAUUGCUGCAUGCGUGGUUCGGUCAGUUCUAGAGCUUCGACGACUCUCGUGGUCUGCAGCUUUCCACGGGCGAGAAGAGUGGGAGUGGAACGUCAGAGAUGUUGUCAAAGUGAUGCGCCUUGUUUCAGAAGGGCUCCCCUCUAGGGAUUUCCGCGUGGCAACAGCGCUGACGCUUCUGUCGCGACUUCGCUGCAAGAAAGAUGUUGAUUUGGCAGCGGCCUGCCUUCGUCGCUGCUUCCCCAAGAACAUUUUGGCUCGCGAACUAAAGAGCGACACCACCACAUUUUCAUAUUGUGGUGUAUCGGAAGAAGGACCCCGGGGCAAGCCCACCCUGGCGCUUCAGCCUGUAGACAACUUGCGUCCAGCAGACGGUUGCGAGACCUUGGCGGCCUGGAAACUCGCUCACUGGGACUAUCGGGGAUGCCAUUCCCUAGGUGAAGGAAGUGCAGUUAGAUCCUGGAGGAGAAACCAGCCGGGACUAGGCAACGCGAUGAACGGAGAGGAUUUAUUUUCAUUGGCGGAUGCCGCUUGGAGCGAUGCGUCUUUAGAUUUGUCGGUGCGCUUUGGAGGCACUGGACGAAAUCUGUGGGUGGGCGAUAUGUCCCUCCCUGUGACGGCGGCUUCGUACGGAGAACCUGGAGGCGAGUGCUUGCAGUCGGAUGCUUCGACCGCAGACGAGUAUCCCCUGGACGCUGCGCCUCGCGACCGAGAUGAAGCCGUGCUCCUUGACACGCAGCGAUCCGUGGUCGGCAUUGUGGCUUGUGCGGUCAAAGUCAACUGGCCAGUUCUACUUGUUGGCGACCCCGGAAGUGGUAAAUCGAGCACGGUGCGUUGGCUAGCCAGCGCACUUCGUCAGCCCCUGUGUGAGAUGCGUCUCUCGCCUACAAUGGACUCUUCAGACCUCUUCGGUUCUUUCCAGAGUGCGGACAACGUCCAAGAUUUACUCGAAAUCGCCACCCACACGGAUGCACUGGCAUUCAGAUUUCUUCAUCAGUUCGCGACAGUGCCGCCAAGUGUUGACUUACCUGCAGACUUAGAGCGCGCCGUGACUGGUGUGCAGGCAGCUCGACCCCGCCUUGAGUUCGCGAGGAAACGCAUGGCGGUGUGCGGCACCAAGGAAGGCACCGUUGCCGAUAAUGGUGCUGUUCCGCAGACCGCCGGCGGACGAAAUGCUCCACAAAAGCGAGAGAGCAAGUUUGCUGUUCUUGCGGAGGCAUGCCGAGUCUUGCUGCGGCUGCUGAUCAGAGGGUCAGACCUAGUCAGUGGGAAGCAGGACCACCGAGGGCGCAUGAGCGGCAAUACCUCUUCUGUGGGGGGUGAGGCGAAACGCCUGAAGCGGCAGCUAGACAUCCUGUACAUUACUGGUAAGGGAGGAGCUUCAGUCCGCGGCAGUGAAGGCGGCUCUCAGCGUUUCACGUGGCGAGAUAGUCCACUGGUGAUGGCAGUUGAGCAAGGUAAUUGGCUGUUGCUUCGGGAAGCACAUCUCUGCCCUCCAGCUGUUCUGGAUCGGCUGAACGCUCUGCUGGAAGAAAACGGUGAGCUGGUUCUCACUGAAUCGGGAAGGCCUCGCAGACUGCGUCCACACCCGCGCUUUCGUAUCUUCUUGACGGCGGAGACCAACCGCGCAAAGGCUCUAUCAAACGCACUCCGGAACCGUUGCUUGGAGGUCUUCGUUCAAGCGGCGACAGGUGCCAUCGCCCCCCACGCUUGCGAUGAACUUGUCGACGCUGCUGUUGGAUAUGACUCCGAACACUCCGCUUUCGCGGCCGCCGGGGAUCGUACCGGGCUGAGUGACGAGCGCGCUGUAGCUCAGGCUGGAAGCAACGACUCGCUGAGCACUUCUGUUGCGGUGACGACAAGACAGCCGAGCAACUGGGGGGUCACAACAUUCCAUCAUUUUCUGGCGACGCUGCGCGAGUUUGACGGACUAGGCGCAGCAAAACGUCUGGACGCCGAAGGAACCUUCCACAUCAACAUGAGAUCUGGGUCGACUCGCGUGCUAACUACUUGCUUGGAGGUUUGGGCCCAGUCGCUGCUUGGAGAGAACUCGGCCGCGGAGACGAACACAUCCAGCACUCCUCCGGUUACUUCUGAAGACCGCGCAGCCGGCACAACGAUCACUCUUUGGCUUCUUGCAACUUUCCUCGACUGGGUGGGCAUGAGACAGUCACUCACUGGAAACGUGCAGAUGUUCUGCGACUUGGCGAUACAGACGGACGCAGUCAGGAUCGCUGUUGCGGAGUUCGAUGCAUGCGACAGCCGCACCUAUUUGCUCGCGUCCGCCAUGGGGGCGACGCACGCCGGGCUUCUUGGCCUCAUGCAGCACUUGACCGGCAGUGAACUCCGCGCGUUUAUCAAGCUCGCGCGUCGAGGGCUCUUCUCACGACAUACGAGUGCCAACAGCGGGAUUGUUGCCGAGGAGGAUUUGACACAGAGCGUCACAGCAGACGAAGGUCAACGGAGAUCAGAUAGAACGGAAAAGGUACAAUCCGCAUUGCACUUUUUGCGGCGUCUACGGGACGCCUUUCCGGAGCGUCUACUUAGUGCUGGGUUGCGAGGUCUUGCUGACCUGGCACACCAGCUUGGUGGCGGAAAGAGCGCAGGGACAAAGGUGAACUGGAGUUGCCUGCAAGGGUGGUGCCGCACAUACCUGUCAGCUUGCCGCUUGUCGCAGGAAGGCCUAGAGAGCACAUGCGCGAGUGCUGAGCGUGGUGGCAGCGAUGUGGUUGACAGCCGCCUCACGCGGCUAGCCUCUGACAGUUACCUCAAUUCCCUGGAUUUCUACCAGCUGUUCAGCUCGUUUCUGUGGAGGUAUGCUGGUGCCUUUGGGGACGGCACCGCCCUAAGGCUGAUACUACUGUUCCUUCUUCAAGCAUCACUCGAAUCGCACCUGCCUGACGCUCACACUCAACGCGAAGUGGGAAGCGGUACGCGGCGGGAUGGUACUGUUCGCCUUCGAGGCCGAUCUCGGCAUUCCUUGCCGUCCAGCAUUUGGAGACCGAAGAUUCUCUGCAGUCUAGUAUCGACGAGCCCAUCUGCGGCGGCCCGGCCCGCCAGACGCGAUCGCGGCUUUCUGUUCCAUUCACAGCAAUGUCUCCUUCAACCGGCCCUGAAGUACCUGUGCACGACUAACGCAGCUGUGACCACUCUCGGUUACACGCAGACGGGACCGGCAGCCCAGAUCCGGAAUGAAGCAGCCUUGCUUCUCUCUCUCCUUCAGUCCCGGAGACCACUUGUGGCGAACGGGAGCGCUAGCCUCGACGACCUUGCUUUGGCGCUCCAGCUGCUCGUUUCGCACGCUGCAUCGAAGGAGGAGUUGCUGCAGCGAGUUUCAUUCUUGACGGUACUCUCCGCCGAGCACAACUGGUCGCGGACAGGAGGUAGCCUAGGGCGGACGCAGGGACAGGAGGUGUCCUGUGUCGAUGGCAGCGGAAAGCUUUCGUCUCCAACCUGCAGCCACCCCUCUGGACGGAAGCGGGUGCGAAGGGGCAGUGGAUGCGGGGUCGCAGAGGAGGAGACAAAAGUCGAAGACUCCGGAAAUUUCUUCGCAUCUCUGGGGGACACCUUGUCGCGGGAAUACCUUGCUGCAGUGGUACAAGCUCUCCGCGAAAAUACUGAAACCGUGGAGGUGGCUUUUGCUGCGCUUUCAACGCUCUCCCAUCGAUUGCAAGGAGAUGAUGCGGCCUCCGUGGGACCGCGCUCGGCAGCUGGCCUUCCGCCCGUUUUGGAAGCUUAUAAAGCCCUCGGAAAACUCAUUCGGGCGUACGAGGUGCAAGGCGCAGAGGGAGAUUUGCCUGGAGAUGCCAACAAGGCGAGGCUCGGAACCGCGGCGGGUCGCACGUCAGGCGCAGCGCACAGUCAGGCGCAGCAGGGAGGUGCGGCACUGCUGCUAGACGGCGGCGAAAGCGACGGGGUCGCGCGGCUGCAAGGUCUCCAUCUUCUCCGCAGCCUUGUGCAGGCAACCGAGGCAGCGCUCUACUCUGUCCUGCUGCCCACUCGUAUGGUUGCUGCGCAGCUGGCCGCAACCAAGACAACCGCAGACCUCGAUGCGUGGGCAUCGAAAUAUCUUGUAGAUACGUGUUCCCCGUUCGACAAGACGACUCAUUCGGAGCGCGACCUAGACUGCGUUACCAUCCCGAACGCCGGCGCAGAAGUUCAACCAGGAAAGCACGCGAUGGAAACGGCGCCUUCUGGAUACGCUAGCCGGGGACGCCCUGCCGGCGCGGGAUCUGUCGGCCUACGACGGGAACGGGGCUUCUGCCUACUGCUGCUGGCUCAUAUGCAAGCCACUGGAAUUCCGCUGCCAUGGGAGUCAAAGCGGAAGCUGCACCAGGAGGCGCUGAAGGCUUUCACAGGAGCGACGGACGCAUUAUUUUGCCUGCUCACUCCCAGUUUUCUCCUGGCGUUGCAUGAUGGCCUUGUUGGCGCUUAUAACCGCGUCGUUACUCAAAUCCCGAGCUUGUGUUCUGUUGACACUGCUCAGGGUUUACUAGACCCCAUGGAUGCACAGGGAAGUGACGCGGGAGCUUGGCAGACACGCGAGGCUCUGCAGAAUUCGAGACUGUGCCUCGUUGCGCUGACUGAGUCGUUUACCUGCCUCGCUCACCUUUUCGAACACUUCCUCAGGAGUUGGCGCUUCACGCGCACCAACCACGGCUUUCCCAGCAUAAGUGGCGCGGACCUCGAACUGCAUGCUGUGACUGGCGGCUUCCGUGGAGGAGCGGCACUCAUGCCUUCGCGUUUUGCUCUGAAUGGCGCUGCGAUCGAUGCCGGCUGUUCAUCUCGAGACGAUGGCAGCUCUUCCUCGCCGGCCGAGAGGGUUGCACGGUUGGCAGGCGAAGCGUGGAAAGCGACAAGGCCGUCUGUCGUUCUUCUGUUGCGCACGCUUAUUCCUUCGCUGCUCCACGUGAUGCAGGUGCUGCCGGAUGCCUUCUGCGUUGCCUCCUUGCGUCACACAAUAUUGUCUCUCGCGGAGCUCUUUGGCGCUGAAGCAGGGUGUGUUCGAGCGGGAAAGACGCGAGCUUCCGAUAUGCCGAAGCCCGAAUGCGGGGGGGAUACUGCAUUUGUUUCUGCGGGGCGGAUAAUUCGUGUUAAGAACGAUAUCGAUCCCGCACCCUUGGGGGCUGAAAACUCCCGCGACAUAGACCUCCUUGCCAAGUCGCCCGUCUUUUUGGCAUCUCGCCUCCAGCCCGCGCUGCGUUCCGUUGCGUCUUGGUUGCUGUACGCACUGAACCAAGCUGCUGUGCUGUACGCAUCAGCGCCACAUGCAAUCGGUGCUUCGCUGAGGGCGGCGUCAGCGAGCGCGGAGACGAGCGCGGAGCCAAGCGCGGCUGAUCGGGCUCGGCGGGUUGUCUUCGAGGCCUUUGCACAGUCGGCGCCUGCUUUAGCGUCUCUUCAUUCGUUCAUUCAACGCAUGAGUGGAGGGCUGGUAAUGGCCGGCUCUUGGGGGCAUGGCUGUGCUGCAACAACGAGCUGCAGACAGACGCCCACACUCACUGGCGGGCACGCCGCCGACGGUAUUCCUCUUUUAACGGCACAGUUUUUGAGAUACGCCGUGUCAUUUGGCGCCCUCCUGCGAGCCGCGAGCACGAGCUACGAGCGGGGCAGGGUGGCGCGUGCACGCAACAUCGAGCGCCGUCUGCUGGAGUGCCUCUUGGGCGGACCCCAGCGAGCAACGGGGUCUCCUGCCGUAGAUGCCGGGCUCGACCGCACAUCUCAACGUGGCGUGAAGCCGGUGCCUGUCGCAGUGAGCAACUGGCACCGGGUGGAAGCCGCUUGCCCUGCUGUGGCCCGAGUCAACAAGCUGCAUACCAAGCUGGCAACCUUGCAACAUGCAUGGCUGCUUUGGCGCGCGGGAGCGCUUGCGGGUUCUGCAUCAGGAACUGCAUGCAGAGGACAUAGGGAUGCUGCCAACAUUCCCGAGAGGCUUUUCGCGCAGGUGGCGAAGAGUAGAGCCGCCGUAAUCACUGAGGCCACAGAAUGCUUAAUUCAGCAUCUUCACCUGGUCGCGCCCUUGUUCUCCCCGUUGCCAGUUUCUGUCACAUCGGAGACAAAGAAGCGCCCCGCGUCGGAGAACAGUGAGGAUGGAGGAGACGGGUGCGGACCGCAGCUGUCGAACAUCAAGCAUUGCUUUCCCCCAUCUUUGGUCGAGGGUUCUUCGGCGUUCGUCUCCUUUUGUUGGGAAAUGGAGGCAGCCACGCCGGCGAAGCGUGCGGGGGGUGCGAAGUCGGCCGAGAGGAUUCAUUCGUCACACACAGGGAGGACGCCCAGCGGCGAAGGGGACCCUGCAUUCCGCGACUCGACCAGACUGAGCCUGGAGGCUAUUUUGUGCACACUGUCUGCCUUGUUCGAUGCUGCUUCUGGCGCCGCGGAGACAACAGGUGCCCCUGUUGAGCGAAGCACUCAAGCGAACGCGACGUUCGGAAGCUUGGGAUCGCGAGUUGACGAUGACGGGGCUGAUGCGGGUAGGGAAUCUGCCGAUCUUCUGCAGGUUGGACUUCUAGCUGCCAGGAGUGUUGAGGCGGUCGCGGCCCUCGCCGGGCGUAUCUCAGAUGUUUUCGACGAUGCAGGCAUCAACGCGAAUACCACGCUGAACGCCUUGGGCUCAGCAUUGGAGAAGGCUGCGCUGGGCGGUAGUCUUGCAGCAGUUCCUCCCCAGCUGACUGCCGCAAAUGAUGGCAGGCUUCACUUGGCACACCUGAAGGCGGCUGCAUCCGUACCGGCGAUGCUAGAGAGCGCUUCGUGGACAGGGUAUACCUUCGAAAUGUGCGCUGAGAUGCUUGGACAUGCCACAGUUGCAGGGGCUCCGCACCUGGUGGCCUCUGCACUUAGGCUGCGGCGUCAGCUCCACUGGUUUGCAACGCAAGGGACUGUGCACAAGAUGUCUGCGCACGGGCCUUGGUCAAUGGAUAAGGCCACGCCGGCGAGCUGCGACGAGAUUUCCACGGUACUGCCAAGCGUGGAACUAAAUCGUUACCCGCAGAAGACAGACGAAGCAGUAAUGUGGCUACCGCUCCUCGGCUUCUUCAGGGCCCUGACCACCUCUUCUGCGAAGCACGGCGAGAGCGAGACAGAGGACGCUGAUCAGGAUAAUGCUACGCCGGGUUGUGAGCAAAGUGCGAACGAAUCAUCCGAGGAGUACUGGCUGCCGUCUCUCAUGUGUGAGAAGCUGACUCAACUGAUACUGAAGAAGACUCAGAUGCCCCAGACAGGAUCUCAGCAGCAGGGCCACACGACUGCCGAAGGCGAGAGCCAAGGCGUUUCGGAAGCUGCGGAGGUUUCAAGAUAUCUUAAACGACUGGCUACGGGAGCAGCGAUUCGCUUGAGCCCGAGGAGUUCCGAGCAGCUUCGCCCGGCUCACGUGGGACCAAUGCAGGCGGAGGGCGUAGUGAGCCGGCGAGAUGAAAAGCUGCCGGAGAAUAAGCUAAGGGCCCGCGCUGGGCUCUAUGCAGGCGGGGCCGCCAAGCUUCUUUCUGCGGUGCUUGCUCCGGAAAGCCGGCGAGAACUGUCCACGAGCGGUUACGAAGGACGCUACUGGCGCGGCGUCCUCGGCGUACUGCUGGGCCUGUGGGGAGCGCACUUGGCGGUGGCAGGCUCGGCCGAAGCGCUGCGGGAGCGAGGGACAAUGCGGGCUCUGGCGGGCGAGGUGGAGAGAGACAUUCUGCAAGUGGACGCUACAGUGGAGGCGUGGCGGAUGGUGGGACUGUUUAGUGGCGGAGUGAACGAUCGGGAUUCUGACGCGCCGGGCCCGCAGUCACGGACACGCGUUCAUGAGGAUGGCGUUUCGACCAGCAAAGAAGUAUCGGCUCGAGGCUCGGCGAGCACGACUCAGAGAGGCGCCGGUUUCAGGUUCACUUCUCCUCACACCACUGCACUGGACCUGUUGCUUCAGCAACAACAUCGGCUACAGCGUCUGGUGGCUGAGCUGAACCGUAGGAGCAAACACGACCGCUUUGAGGAGGAGGACGUCGAGAUCCCGGAGGAUAUUCUGCAGCUGAUCACGCAGCGCUGCUCCAGUGGGGCUGCGAGUAUUGCUCAGCCGGUCGAUCGCGAAGACUCCGCCACCCAGCAAGUGGCCUCCUCACGUAACAGCCGGCCUCAAGGAAUGGGGAGAGGCCCGGAGUGUGCACUGGCGCCGCGCGAAGAACCUGCGCAGGGGGCCCACGGCGGGCCGUCCGGCGACAUCCUUCCCAACGGUAUCGUGGUCGCAGCGUUCCGUGACGCAGCAGCGACUCAUGCGUACGACACGGAGCAACUGCAGAAACACGCCGAGACCUUCCUCGCGACAUCGCUAUCACCGGAAAUGCUGGCGGCUUCACCUCUUGAUUUCCUGCAGCCACUACUGGUGCCAGAAGGCUUUGCAGAGUUGCCGUCGCCCACCAGAGGCCCGCAGCAGCCUUCGUCGACUGGCAGCAUCCACUCCCUCGUCUCAGCCGUCGCGGGGUUGAAUGCGACGUGCCUCUCAUUCGUCGCAUCUCUAAGGUCAAAGUUUGCGACCGAAGAUCUCACGUCGCGGCUUGCCUUCUCCCUCUUGUUUUUCCUCCACGGUCUUCAAGAGGUAGUCUUGGCUCGCUUUUUGCUGAGCUGCUCAGAGUCGGCGCUGGGGCUCGUCUCUAGUUUGCGCACCGAGGCGGGCGUGCACGCGGAGGGGUCGCCCUCGCCGGAUACUGCCGUUGAGGGCUCAGUCUGCUCGCGCUUGAAUCCUCUGGCACUGACGCAUCGUUGCUGCACAGCUGUCGAUUUUGAGCGACCGCUGUUGCAGGUGGUGGACGCCAGUGCCGAAGCCACAUUUCCGUUCCGCCUGCCUUGUGGCUCUAGGCACGCCUGUUCGAGUCGAGGCAAGGAGCGCGGGACAGCGGGUGCCUCUGCGCCUCCGGUUGCCGCGUCUCCCGCGAGCUCCCCGGGAGAGAGGUCCUGUUUCGUUGGCGUGCCGCUUCUGCAGCAGGCUUUGUGGCUCGUGCACCGGGAGAGGGCAGCAAGGGAUGCUGGAGCGUCGAUACAUCCCGGAGACAACCACAUAACCACUUCAGGGGGCGCGAAGGAUGCAGACAGCUUCACAAAUCGAGGCGUCGCCUCUCUGUGGCCAGCGUACACCUUUGUAGGGACACAGUACCGAGAUGCCAGCUCAGCUGCACAGAGAGGCCUCCUGCUUCGUGUGCUGAGCCAACUCGCGGAGCAACAGGUGGCACUGCGCUGCCGGUCAGGGGAGCAUAAUUCCACGCACACCCGGGCAGAUCUACUCGCGCGUCUGUCUGAACUCGUCGUUGACCGAUCCGCGGUGCCCGCUGGAUCGCCCACGACUAUCGCCGGCAGACGGGCGGCUGCGAAGGCUGCUCGGCAAGAUGCAGCGCGAGAGGAGGUGGAGGAACUCUUCCCUUCAGGGGACGGAGGCGACUUGGGCGGCGGGGCCCUCGAUGAGCCAUCUGGAGAGACUGAAGACGCGGACAUGGAGGACAGCGGAGGCACGCAGUACACUCAGUGGUGCAAUACGACGGAGGUGCCCGAUACAGACGAAGCACAAGAGAAGGCUGAACAAGAGAGGGAUAACCGAUUCCUCGACCGAGUAGCUGAAUUGUGGCAGCAAGUUAUGGAGGUUGAGGGAGAGCGCAUGCAUAUCGUUGCAGCGGACCCAGCCCGUGGAGCGUGCACGAGGAAGACCGGACACAGUCCAGUGAAUGGACUAGGCACGCAGGCAAGCGAAGAACAGCUUCUGCAUUCAGGGCGCACCGCAAUGAUCGGGGCAUUUUGCUUGUCCAUCGUUUAUAAUCCUACGGAGACGCGUGGAAAGCAGACGAUCGCACCGCGUCUUACGCUCUAUUCGCUCAACGACGAGGCACUCGGAGCUCUUCACAUCCCAGCGACACUGGACUCAGACGCCGCCCCGUCGCUGCUCUCCCUUGUUCUCCAAGUCGCUUCACUCCUUCUUCCGUCAUCUCCAGUCGAGCUUGAGCGCGAAGAGCGGCAGCUCCAGGAACUGCUGCACGACGACCUGCUGGAGGAACAGACUGAGCUCGAGAAAGACCUUCCCCCCGAGGGCCCUCCCACUCAGCAGCAGGAGGGCGACGCGCAAUCGGAAUCGCAGCUUGCCACCAAGGGCGAUGCCAACGAGGCUCCCGACGGUGAGCCGGCUCCUACGAGAUACACCGCGGAAGAAGCUGAGCGGCAGUUGGCACUCGAGAGGCGGCAACGAGAACGCGAACGGGCUCGUAAGCUGCGAUUCACACAGCUCGUUUCCAGUGGCGGGCCAUGCGACGAAGGCCUGCGCGGUCAAAACUCUGCCGCUUGCUCGUUCUACUCGUCAGGCCACCCAAGCCUCCUUCGCGCGUUGUGGCCGGCGGUCGAGCGACUUGAAGCGGUGGCUCAGAUUUUCCUCCGUGUCCUCGAAGAGCACCCCGCACUGGAAUCUAUGCUGCAUCUCAUUGAGAAGAUCGCCAAGCUGCCGCUGCUACGAACGCCUCCCGCCGUCGCUGUAAACAUGCUGGAGGCCCUCUUGGACCGCGCCGAGACGUGGCGGCAGUCUAUAGAUCCCUACUACAUCGCUACGCUGAUUGAGCAGAACUGCCCCGAUUGGGACCUUCGGGCGCUUUUCGAGACGGACGUUGAGGAAAAGGGGAAGCCAACUGAAGAAGGUGCCUCUAGUGUGGCGCGCGGCCGGGAUAGCACUGCAGCGGACGCAGAUGAACAGUCGCGGAGAAUGGCGUACGAGAAAGAGGAACAGUCUAGACUGCGGGUGUCGCGGAUGCUUUUCCGCCGCUGGGAGUCGGCGGUGGCAGCAGUUCAGCGGCAGGUUGUGAUGCUGCGUCGGCGCCAGCUGCAAGAGUGGCGUUUCCUGCGCGAAUUCCGAGAGCAAAAGGAAGGCAGUGCAGCAGCCCGGUGGAUGCCGUUCCUGUGGACUGCGCAAACAGAGAAUCGAGGCCCAGAGCUGCCUGAGUGCGAAACGGAGCGCGUGGAGAACGCAGCCGAUGCCGAGACACAGCAUGGAACAACUCCAGCAGUUGUCGCCGGGCGUCUCCUCAGUGAAGCAGGAGGUGCUGCUGACCUGCUUGAACUUCUUCUGCAGUUCCUGCGGUCCUCGUCUCUCGGUCAAUGGGCGACACGCGUCAAAAUGCUGGAAGUGUGCGGAGCCAUGCGCAGGGAUCUAGGGUAUUUGUCAGAGACGUCGCUCAAAGCGGACGCAGGUGCAGACGCGCGCGAAGGCAGACCGAGUCUUCCCGCCGCCUGUGGGACGCCAAGCGACCUUUCGGACGAGUUCAUCAGGGAAUGGAGCGCGGCGCACGUGAAGGAGAGGAAGGCGGGGGCGCUUCUCCAACACCUCGCUCGCUUCGCUGUGGCUUCAGGGUGGAAUGCAGCAAUUGAAGGCGAACUGCGACGCGGAAGGAAGGACAUGGACAGACGCGUUCAUGAACUGGCGAAACUCACACGCUGGGAUAUGAACAACCGAGUGGCCAUGAAAGAGUCAAUUCAUCGGAGUCACUACGAGCUGAGAAAGGUCAUUAGGAAAUACGAGGAAGUUAUCGUUCAAGCGGCGGGCCCGACAGUACUGGCGACACCCACGGCGACGGCGCUUCUUGGCCGGAUCGUGACGUCUGUUCUGAACGGAUCUCUUCAGGCUGCGCUCACGUGGCCUGCUCAGGACGCGCCUGCGACGACAAGCUCGCCUGCAAGCUCUUCGAGGCUUGCGGGUAUCUUGUCGGAUGUCGUCGGCAGCGUUCCCCUGUUUGCCUCUGCGCUGAAGGCUGAGCUCCAGAAACAACCGAACGGCACUCUGGACAAGGCGCAGCCCGCGUGUGGAACGUCUUCGCACGCGCGGUCGGGAACGUGCGACUCUUUCAUCUGUCGACUAUUUGGCGGUACGGCGGUCGAGGACACGACGAUGACGGAUCUCGCCCAAGAGUUUAUGGCUUUCUCUUCUGACUUCACUCAGGCCAGGGAGAGUGUGGAGAGAGGAGCGGCUGCAAGCCAAGGCGCGCCUGGAAGCGAAGAUCAGGAGCAGGCGCAACCGCCAGUUCCGCCAGUGAGUCGGCAGCAGCUUCAGCGCAUGUAUUUGACAUUCAAACAGACACUUCAGUCGACCCUGAAGAUACCCGUUUUGCGCGGGGCGGCCACGCCGGCGCUCAUCGUUUUCGCGCUCUCGGACGAGACAGGGCUGCCUUCACCGGCUCCUCACCCUUUAACAAGCGGCUGCUUCGUGGAGGCUGUAGACCCCACCUCGUCCGCUGGUUCAGGUCAGACCCGAGCGGCGCCCCAGUCCGUGCCAUGUUCCUCGUGGGGCGAGGCGAACACAGCAGGAAGGCCCUGCUUCUCCUCGAGGCUGCUUCCCGAGCUCCUGGUCCCGACGUGGAGGUCGGCGUCGAGACACUGGUACCCUCAGUUGCAGCUGUUCUGGCAGCUCUUGCGCCUGGAGACCGUUCACGGCGAUGUGGCGCAGGACCGGACGCUUCUGCUCGGCCUGCUGGCCUCUCUCGUCCUUCACCAGAGUCAGCAGCGGCGCCGGUGCUGGACAGCGGCGGCAGACCUGCAGAGGGCAUUAGAUUAUCUGGAAGUGAGCUGUACGGGGCCUUCGGUGGCGCUCACCGCAGAGGCCUUCGGGCGCCUUCUGGAGGCUGUGGAACGCACCAGAGAAGCUCUGGAUCAAAGUCGAAUGAUUCUCCUCUCGCCCGCAGAGGCGAGCCGAUACCGAGACGUCGCACGCCUGGGCACGACGACCGAAGACGGCGAUUUCGGCGGGCGUAAGGGAGAAGAUCUGCGCACAGACUCUGAAAUGAGUGCCCUGAAGAACCAGCUGCAGGGGCCGAACUCGACAGAUACAGGCGACCGCUCUCAGCGGGGCAGCGUGGAGGAUCGUUCACCCACAGUCGACGGGCCGCAGGACAGCCGAGCGUGGGAGGCCGAGAGACGGCGCCUUGAGGACGCGCACGCAGUGUUGCGAGCUUGUGCAGAUGCCGCGCGACGAGUCCAGCAGCUCCUCGUGCACUCGCCGGAGUGGAGGGUGUUCCGCUACGAGGCGGACGACCACGACGUCUCAAAGGAUCUUCCAAGCUCUUGCAACAAAACGAGUGGUCUGUCUGACGCCCGACAAGCAGCUGUCCGCGUCCGGGUUUCUCUUCUGCAGGAGAUGCGAGAGCGAUGCGUGGAGAUUGAAAAGCGCCUGGUUGGAGAGGCAGGUGACAGUGCUGUAGCUGGCGAGCUGCCGUCAGCGGCUUUCAGUGGCCUGCUGAACUGCCUCAGACAACAGCAGGCUUGGAUCGAGGCUCCCCUCCGCGCCUACGAUAUUCAUUCGACGGCAUGCGCUCGCUUUGAACGAGACGCGUGCAGCACCCUGGUUGACUCGCUGAACGGAAUUUUAGGGUCCCACGCGGGCUCAUCGCCCUCGCCUUCAUCGCGCGAUUCAUCUCUCUUUGCUGCUGGAUGCACACCAGAGACGGCUUCGCAAAAGUCGUCUCCGGCUGAGGCUAGCUCGUCAGACUCUCAUCCGGUGCUUGAGCGGUUCCCUGUUCCUUCGCUAGAAGAGUCUUUCCCGUUCGCGAAAGUUCUCCGCUGUUGUAGAGCGUUCUCUCUUGACCUUCCUCCAGUGGCGUCUUUCGCGAGCCGCCCACACUCGGAAGGAGGCGAGCGCGAGGCAGCGCUCUGGAAGGUCUGCCAGACGACCAUGAGAGGAGUCGCACUCCUGCUAGUCGCGUUUGACUGCCUGGAGGGAACAAGCCGCAUCGGUUUGGGAGCGGCGCAACAGGUGCAGCUGCUGAUGGAGCGCGGCUGGGGCAGCGAUAACUGCAGAGGCAAGGAAGAAGAAGAGGCGACCGGCGGUCAGCGGGACGAAUGGGUCGCAGGCACCGGAUUAGGGGAGGGUACUGGCGAGAAGGAUGUCACGGAUCAGCUGGAAGAUGAGUGGCAGUUUGACGGGGAGAAACGCGGAGACGGCGAGCAAGGUGAACAGCGGAAGGACGACAAGAAUGAAAAGGAUAAGGACAACGGCAUGGAGGUCUCAUUCGACUUCGAUGCAGCUGCGAAUGCGAAACAGCCUGAAGAUAAGGACAAUAAGGGGCAGCAGGAGGGAAACGAAGAGCAAGAUGAGGUUGAACGGGAUCGGGGAAGCGUCGACCUAGAGGAGGGAGGCCAGCUGGAGAACAAGCGGUGGCAGGGAGGUGACUCUGACGAGGACGACAACGAACCAGACGACCCACAGGAUGACAAGGAGACAGGGAAGAAAAAGAAGGAGAAUAUCGAAGCUGACGGCGGAGAGACCGAGGGCGACACGCAGCUGCAGGCUGCUGACGGCAGCUCAGAUGAUUCACGACAGAAGAAGUCUGACAAGAAGAAAGACAAAAAGAACGACGACGGCCCGUUGGAAGACGAGGCGGACGAACAGGCUUCUCCGGCGAAUGAAGAACCUGACGCAGAGAAACCCGACGAAGAGACCCAGGACUACAGGGUCAAGAUUGACGACGGGAGGGAGGAGAAGGACGGUGCUGAUGGCGACGAGCCAGAAGAAGGUGGCAACGAAGACGCUGAGAACGCUGAAGAGGAAAACGACGCUCAAGACAAAGAAACAGAAACUGACACGCAGAACGAAGCCGAAAAAGAGUCAGGCACGCAUGAGGAAGACGACCAGAGCACACGCGAAACAGGUGAACAAAGCCAGCGAGGGGCUACCGAGGAAGGCGAAACUAACGAAAAGGAUGAUUUAGAGGUGGAUGAGGACCUUGUGUGCGACGACGGAGAAGAUCCCGUAGCGGAGUCGCAGGCUGAACAGCAGACUCGUGGGGAGCGGGAGGAUGACGAGAGCGCGGCGGCGGAUGAGGCGGAGGCACCAACUUCACGCGCCGAUCAGGAGGGAAACGCGCAGGACAGGGAGGAAGGCGAAACGAGAGAGGAGGCACCGGAAGAUGACGGAGACCGGGCGUCGAAUGCAGAGGAAAAUGAAGAGGAGGAUGAGCAGGAGCGCCACGGACAAGGUCUGUUGGCGUCACUAGAUGCCGAGGCGGACGAAGAGCCUCCUUCAGAGGACGAAUCCGAGCACCCGCAGCAAACAGCACAGGCAUCAUUGGAGGCGCCGUUCGGGGUGGAAGGCCAAGACAGUGCCAUCCAGCAGACGGACGCCUCCAUGUGGCCCCGGUCCUCCGGCGCGGACGCGGCGUCGUCGGUCAGCGCAGGCCUCGACCAAGACAAGGAGACGGUGCCCAAGGCUCGCACGGCUCGCGAUGCCGAGUUCUCGCAGACGCCCUCUGGUGGUCUCCAGCAUCCGUCUUUGCCGGCGAACCCGCUGGAAGGCGGCAGCAAAGAAGUUCGGCGAUGGCUAGAACGCGUGCGCCUCGUGGAGCAAGACAGCGCACGAAGCGACCCUUUCCUGGAGGAGGAGGAGAAAGAAGACGAAGGGAUGAAGCGCGCCGGACAAGAGAACCAGGAUGGAUCCCAGGAGCCUACGAGCGCUGAGCAGGGGGCCCUCUGCGAGAAGGACGACCAGGGAGAGGUGGAAGGCCUGGCGGAGAGCACCCGUUUGGAAGACAGCGUCACCAAGCAAACACGCCGAGAUCCGCAGAAUCAAGGUGCGGCGGGUGACGAAGCCGAGGAGGAGGAGGAUGGUGCCUCGCCAGGAGAAGAGUCAGUGCAGCACAGCGAGGACCAGGCCUCGAAGGUGCACCGGUCGUCUGCGCGCGUUGCUCCCGACGCGGAGCCGCCAGACGACGAGGAAAAAGAAACAGCAGGGGACGAUAAAAGCAAGUCCGUUGAAGAGCGCGGAAAAGAGGAACGUAUGGAUGACGCACCGCCUAAUCCACUUGAACAUCUCCGUCCCGGAGGCGAGGAGGAGGGUGAAUCCGGGGGCAUGCAAACGCAAGCCACCACGAAUCCUCGAGAGCAGGCGGAGAACACCCAGUUUGAAGGAGAACAUGAAGAGGACGGGCCUGAGAACGCCGAUGAAACGACAGAUGCAUUUAUGGACGGCGUACCAAGAAGACUGAAUGAUGACGAGGCGCGAGAAUUGUGGCAGCUGCACAAGACCGCGAGUGCGCCGGCAGCUGCCGCCCUCUGCGAGGCUCUGCGACUGGCGUUGGAGCCGACGAAAGCGGGAGGCUGGGAGGCCGGCUACCGAUCGGGGAAAAAGCUUCAUAUGCGCCGCGUGUUGGCGUUCAUCGCAAGCGACUACCAGCAAGACAAAAUCUGGAUGCGACGGCGGAGGAAGACCAAGCGCAACUACCGCAUCGUUGUUGCUGGCGAUAACUCCCGCAGCAUGAUGGAAGGUGGCGUCGCACGAAAAGCAUUAGAAGCUCUCGCUACGCUGUGUGGGGCGUUUAGCCUUCUUCAGGUCGGUCAGAUUGGCGUAUGCGCUUUCGGGGGAAAGGCGCCCGAAGUGGUCAUGCCUCUGUCCUCCGAAGUCGGCGGGGCGGAUGGAGCCCGCAUCGCCCAGACCUUCACGUUCAUGGAGGAGGCCAAGGAUAGCCAUGACCGAGCUGUGGCAGAUGUGCUCAAGAUGGCCGUCGGGUUGCUAGAACGCGAGGAUGCCGGUGGAGGCCCCGAAGGCGCUCUUAGCAUGAUUUUGAUUCUGACUGACGGUCGGUUCAACAAGAGUUAUGCUCGGCAAUGGGUUAACCUGGCCGUGGCUCGAGGCUACAUUCCGCUAGUGUUGAUCGUUGAUAACCCAGCUGCCGCACCAGCAGCGAGCGAUAACCAGGCGGACAAUGAGGGCGCUGGUCCAGGGGUCGGCAGGCCCCCGGAAAUCAAACGGGGUGCCGAGCGAAGCACAAGUAUCUACGACAUGAAGCAAGUUCUCCACGAGAGUGGAAACAUCCGCGUAAUCCCCUGGCUAGAGGAUUUCCCGUUCCCGUUCUACGCAGUUGUUCAGGACGUUCGGCUGCUGCCCACGGUUCUUGGGGACAUCGUUCGGCAGUGGGUCGAGGCCACAGCGUCUCGGUGGUAG